AUGACAAAACUGUUUGAACCUAUUAAAAUCGGUCGUCACAAUCUUCAGCACCGAGUAGUGCUUGCGCCCUUGACUCGAUUCAGAGCAACUCUUGAAGCCGUUCCCACAGAUCUUUUGGUGGAAUAUUACAAGCAAAGAGCAACACCUGGUGGUUUAUUAAUUACAGAAGCCACGUUUAUCAGCCGUCUUGCUGGUGGAUAUCGACGUGCUCCUGGUAUUUACAGCAAAGAACAGAUUGAAGGAUGGAAGAAGGUUACAUCGGCUGUUCAUGAUAAAGGAGGCAUUAUCUUCUUGCAACUCUGGCACAUUGGUCGAACAGGCUCUACAAGCUUAAAUCCCAACGGAGAACCUAUCGUCUCAGCUUCUGACGUGCCUAUGCCUGGAAAGAAACCAUCGGGGGCUCCGUAUGAAACACCCAAGCCUCUUGAAAUACAUGAAAUUAAGGAACUUGUACAGACAUACAAGCAGGCCGCUUUGAACGCAAUUGAAGCAGGUUUUGAUGGCGUAGAAAUUCAUAAUGCUAAUGGGUAUCUUUUGGAUCAGUUCCUCAACACCUCUUCCAACAAGCGUACAGACGAAUACGGUGGUUCAGCAGAAAAUAGAGCGAGGUUCACCUUGGAAGUUGUUGAUGCUAUAGUGGACGCCAUUGGACCUGAACGCACAGCUAUUCGAUUUUCUCCUGAUGGAAAGAUCCAGGGCAUGCAAGAUGACAACCCGUUGGAAACAUGGGGAUAUGUGACCUCUCGCCUUCAGGAAAAUCAUCCCAAUCUGGCUUAUCUCCAUUUUAUUGAGGCAAGAUCAAGUUUUUACAAUGAUGAAGUCAAUAUCGUUGACACGUUAGACCCUUAUCGUCGACUAUGGAAAGGUCCCUUUAUCACUGCUGGCGGUUUCUCAAACGCCAUUUCCCAUUCUGUAAAUGUAGCACAAAGAACAGGCAACCUGAUUGCGUACGGAAGAGCAUUUAUUGCUAAUCCAGAUCUUCCAAACAGAAUAAGAAAGCAGCUUUCACUUAACAAGUAUAACCGAGCUACAUUUUACACACAUGAUGCUGCUGGAUACAUAGACUAUCCAUUCUAUGAGCAGAGUAAAUUAUAG